CCUGUGUGUAAACAACCCAGGUCUCUCUCCUGCCAGCAAGGACAUGCUGCUGUGUAUUUCUCUACACAGCAGCCAUACAAAGCAGUGUGCUUACAGUGGAAAGCACAGACACAGCCCCCAUAGUAAAACACACACAGCACACAGUUAACCCUUUGAUCACCCCUAGAUGUUAACCUCUUCCUGCCCGGUGUCAUUGGUACAGUGUCAGUGUUUUUUAUUAGCACUGAUCACUGUAUUGGUGUCACUGGGAAUGUCAGUGACACCAAGUCAGUUCCCACCCCAGUGUCAGAAUGCCCGCCGCAGUUCCACUAUA